GAUGGGGGAGGGAGAGGACAGACCCUGGCGCCUCGCCAGUGUUGACGAAAGCUGCUUAGCCCACCCAGUUGCCAUGGAUACAGCAAGGAGCAGCACCCAGCAUGCGUGCGUGUGUGAAAGAGAGAAAGAAAGGGAGGGAUGGUAGGGAGGGCGGGAGGCAGAGAAAACCAGCAGGCAGGCGUUAAAGCAAGUCAGAGUGGGAGAAAAGGAGCGCCAGACAGCAGGGCGGAGGGAGACGGAGAGAAAGAGGCUGAUUGAAUGUGGAAGAGGAAGAGGAUAGAAAGGCAAGGCGGAGAAAUUCCCAGAAAACUGCGUUGUGGGAGUGACGGCCAGCUGGAAAAUGGAAGUGCAGACGGAGUGUGUGGAGCCUCCUGUGGCUCCUCAGUGUGACCCCCAGCCAACAGGGAGGAUCAACAAAGCUGCCUUCAAACUCUUUGGAAAACGCCGCACUGGCUCGGGAAUGGCCAGCUUCUUCUCGUUCAGGAAUAAAGGAGCCACCGGCAGCAUCAACAAUGGGAAUUCUGAAAAUGGGAAUUCGUUGAGCUUGGCAGCAUCAGUGGAGCUUGUGAGGAGCAAAACACAUGACGGACUAACGGGUUCCAACGACACAGAUGGACAGAAAGGGGAGGCACCUGCUGGCCUGGAGGCAGGGCCAGUGAGGUCUCUCAGCAAAUCGCUAAGUUUUUUCUCUUUUCUUCGACGCAGUAGUUUUAGGUCGGGUGAAAAUGGAGGGGUGGGGAUUGUGAGAAGGGGGAGGGGUCUGAAGGGCUUUUUUAGCAGCAUGCGAUGGAGACGUAAGGAGAAAACAAGUGAGGGAGAAACAGAGGAGGUUGAUGGCAAAAAUGAAAAAGUUGGGGGUAUCGUUGAGUUGGAAAAGGUCAAGAACAUUACUCUCACCCUUGAGCCCCCUCCGCAUCACCACCAACAAGACUGUGAAAAUGCUGAGGAAAAACCCAGCCUCCAAGCAGCAGACACUCCCACCUCUAGUGUUGUGACACCCUUGCACUGUGAAGCCAUGCCAGGACCAUCUGGUGCGCCAGACUCCCCUUUUGCUUACACACCCACAGAUUCACCGCUGCGGGCCCCUGUCCAAAAAGCCAAAGCGUCAAUUUCUAGCCUGACUCCUUCUCUCGCCACCCCCCCCUUGGAUCGCUGCAGCGCGGGGGACCCUCCGUCAGAGCCUUCAGUGGACCGGCUGUGUUCUCUCCUCUUCACCGAUGUCACAUCCCUUAAGAGCUUUGAUUCUCUAACGGGCUGUGGUGACAUUAUUGCUGACGCCGAAGAGGAAGGGACAGUGGGAAAUGGUGGUAGUGGCACCAGUAGUAGUAGUAGUGGAGGUGGAGGGGGGAGCGUGGCAGCAAGCAUUGGCAGAGCUGGUGCCACAUCUCGUGUCUCUCCUUCUAAGCCAUGUUUUCCUUCACAGAUGACUCAACCCAUGUUUUCUAUUUCCCAAAGCUCAGCACCUCUUUCCCACCCUGCUCGGAACAAGGCGCCUCCUCCACCCCAGCAGCAUCCCGCUGGUAGUGGCGUGGUGGCGUACAUGGGUGGAGGGGAAGAAAUGGCAAGUCCGGAGGGAGUCGAUGAUGCAGACAUGCAGGGGCUCUGGCACAUGCUGCCCUCCGCUGGGGACGACUCACCCGCAUUGCCACGAGUGCAUCAACCUUUGUCCACAAACCCCACUUCCACUUGCUCAUCUCGCACCAACCCUCUCCUCCCUUCUGGUCCCAGAUGUACAGACAGAAAGGCACCCCAGGUGAAAACCCUUGGGCUCAGUAAGAUUCCAGUAGUUGGUGCCGUGGGAAACCGAUCGGCAAAACCCCCCAUGCCUUACACACAUGGUCGUCACCCCACAUCACCUGGAGAGAAAGAACUACUUAGUGAUGAGGGCUACUGGGACACACCUUCAGCAACACCUACAGCCACACCGGACGAGAGCGGCCUACAGCGCAACCAGAAAAUAACUCUAUCACGUGACAGCUGCUCUGGGGACCACUUGUAUGACCUGUACACUGACCCCGAAGAAGAAAGAAGGGGUGAUGAAGAUCUAAUCAGUACUCCGUCUCCAUCAACUGAACACAAAACCAGUCCAUCGUCCCAAACAAGCCCUCCUUCCUCUUCAUCAUCGUCCUCCUUCCGAUCAAUGAAGGGCAGCACCAGCCUUCCCAGAGAGUCCAAGAUCCCAGUUAGCACCAAACCGACCUCACCCCCUCACUCUGUAAGCCAGUCAGCCCUGUCCUCUGUUCUGGGGGCGGAUUCGUCACCGCCAAGACCUCAAGCAAAUCCACCAGCUCGCACUAGGAUCCCUGUAUCCAAGGUGCCCGUUCGUCGUUCUGGAAAUAAAACUGACACAACUGGAGGAAAUGCACGAAAGAAGUAGUUGAUUACCAUACGUUUUCCCUAGACCAAGAAAAUCUUGGAUCUGUAGAGGUAAUGGCCUUUAAAUUCCUCUUGGAUCCUAAAAGCACUCAUUCCUGGGAUUUUCUUCAUUGGCUUAAAAACGGCUGGACUAGAGUUGGAGUUGGCAUUUCACUUGAAGUUACUAAGAAAAUCCUAAAAGCUGGGUUAACAUUUUACUGACCUCAUUGCACUUUGGAGGUUAAGUAUUGACAAUCCAUGGACAAAGAGACAUUCAUCACCUUGCAAGUUCCUGGAAACAAAAAAAACUAAAACUUAUGACCUGUUGAAUUUGACAGCCACUGUUAGAAAAUGAAGCAGAGCACCUUUUUUUUUGACAACUUUUCUACGAAAUUUGCUCACAAGGACCUAAUCUAAUCAAGGUUUUGCAUCAUUGUUGUUUUUUUUCUAACAUUCAUUGACCAUCUUGUCUAAUCUGUAACAAAUUACCUCUUAAUCCUGUGAUUUUAGAGCCAAAGUUAAAGAAAGUAUUUUGAUUUAGCUAAACUUGAGUAAAUACUCAACAUUUUCUUCAAUCAGUUACUUUUUAUCAUGUUUUUCCAACGAUUAUUUAGCUAUAUGUGUUAAGAUAAACAAAUCCAGGUAUUGUUACUUGCUUAUUUUUCAGAUUAAUAUCUUUUGGGGGGAUUCCUACACUGUAAUAAUGAUUUUUUUUUUUUACAUUUUUUGUGGAUGGACACAAUUUGGGUUUUUGUAUUUAAUCUCUUUUUGUAUCUCAAGAAGUCAUCAGCGAACAUGGGACAUACAAUAAUUUUAGCAUUACUCUAUCAGGAUGUGCACUCAAGGGUAUCAGCAUAAAACAACACAAACUUAGACUCAUAUUUCUUCUACAGUUCUGCAUGCAGUGCCACAGAAGGCACAAAAGGUCAGGGAAAAACAACAAAAACUGCACUUACUUCAAUGUUUGUCACACUUUUUGUAGUUAGAAUAGCUUUCUGCUCUGAGGAUACAAACACGUCUUUUAAGCUAGCAUGUCACACUUAACCCUUAUAUUGUGUUUGGGUCAUAAUUGCCCUGUUUUCAUGUGUAAAAUUGGGACAAUUUUGACCCAAACAUAAAAUAAGGGUGGGGUUUUCUAUUUUUCAGGGGCUUCUAUAUUAAAAACCAUAUAGCAAAAACCUCUAAACUGUGAUUGCACUGGUUUCUUAUGUUUUCGUUUGACUCUUUCACAGGUAUAUGGGACUUUUUUUUCAUUUAAAAAACACUUUUAAAAUGCAAGAAUACAAUAAAAAACACCAUUAUUUUAAAGAAAUUGUGUUAAAUGUUUUAAUUUAUCGUGCUUUUUCGUUAGCAUGUCGAACCUAAACGGAUUUUUCAUUUUUUCUGGGGCUUUUAUUUUGAAAUUAAAUAUCAACAGUUCAAAACUGGGAUUGCACUGACUUCAUUGUUUUAUUGUGUUAAUAUAGGUGUAUUUUCAUAAAAUUGCUUCUUUGAAAAAGCUAGAAAAUCAAUACUUUUUUUUUUUUAUUCCUUUAAAUUAAAUCUGAAUUUGCUGGGUUUUUUACAUUCCACGAUGCAAAGCAGCUUGUGUAUUUCUUCCAGUUCUCUAUUAUUGAAUCCCUCUGUCCCUCUUUUGUUCCUUGGAUACUGGAAAUGAAGCCCAGAUCAGUGUGUGUGUGUGUAGUGGUACGAAGCACCACUUGUGUUAAAACCGAGUGGGUGUGCAGAAUUCCCUCGAGGCCUUUGUUAGUGAUUCACUGAGAAACUUCUGCAAGGAUCUGAUUGUUCCCUGAUUUGGGAUUUUCAAUGGGAAGUUACAAAACAUAAUGCAAUUGUCUUUCAUUUCAACCACAUGAAUGUCAUAAUACUUCAGGAUUAUUCUUGUUGUUUAAACUGUCAUGCAAAAUGUUGGGACUGAACCUUUCAGCCUCCUUGUGUGCAGAUGAUGGAGUAAAACAAAUCCAUGUCUGCAGAAAGUCAAAGUAAGCACAAAAAGUCAUUACAUUGGCAAAUCUGAGCCAUUUUCCUUUUUAGCUUAGUCUAAAAUAGCUUUAAACCUCCAAUUUUACGAGUGCUACCUAAUGCAAGUAUGGUGGGUUAUAACAAUCUGCAUUUAAAUGUGACAUUUUUUUACUGUUAGGGGAUCUCUGAUAAAAAUACAUUUAAAAAAAGGAUUGUUGGGAGGCACAAAAUGUAGAUACGCUUUAGUUUUUUGAGCAGAUUGUUAACCAUAUUAGCAAACCAGUAACUUAAUAUGGCAAAUUUGUGAAUGUAAAACCACACUCCCGACAAAUGAUGUGCUUCACAUGACACAAAUGUGGAAACACGAGCUUGAAAAAUUACUUUUUUAUGCAUUAUUUGUUCAAAUGAAGUUUGAUUCUCAACUUUUUUUUUUCUUUUUCAUAAGUUUAUGUGUUUAAAAAGAAAAUCUGGUUUGUUUCUUCCACAUAUGAUACUAUUAAUUCUUCCUUUGAUGUAAAGAAAAAAAUCUCCCCUUUGUCAUUCAUGUAUUUAUGCCACACGGAUGUUUCUCUUUUUUACUGUCUGAUUAAAGUUGGGCCUUUAUGUGGACAUUAAAUUAAAAGCACUCUACAUUUCCCACAUUUUAUUUGUUGAAAGCAAUCAUUUAUUCCAGUUUUCCUAAACUGUAUUUGUGUCGACAGCUGAACUGUUUAUAAUUAUAUGUUCCACAAAAAUUAAUUUUUUGUGUUCUUAUUAAUUAAAUUAGAUUGACUUCUCCCA